GCGCGGUUCUGGCGAUCUGCCUAUGGUGGGUGCGGGGAGGACACCGAAGAGCCCGCCUCCCAAAUCUGCGGCGCUGGAGCCGCCUCUGGCAGUGGAGCGGGCGGACGGCAGGCGCCCUAUCGCAGUGCACACUCGCGGGACGGUGGACGUGGGCCGAUAGGGGCGGACACCCGUGAAGACAGUGUACUAAAGCCACGCUGGAUUGAAGUGAAGAGUCACUGGUGUCGGUGUCAGCUGUUUGUGUCAAUCGGAGUGUCAGUGUCACAGGAGUCGGUGUCAGCGGCUGGCAGUGAUUGUGGCGUGACUCGAUAGUGAUUUGGUCAGCGGCGCCGGCUGGUGCGACGCUGGGUCUCAGUGAAUCGACCACAGACAUCAGACGCCGCCAAACGGCGCCGCGCCAGUGGUGCUGCAAGGCUUAGCUGAUAAACAGCGGUCUGACAUCUGGUCUUUUACACAUAUCCAGCAAUCAAGUGGUCCUGCAAUCGGCACUAAAACGCAACUUUAGUGUCGCAACCUGAGACAAUAUCGUCACUUCGUGAAGUGACCUUGUGUCUGACCGCGUGACCUUACCUUGUGAUCAGGUCUGACUGGCUGGGUCCGGUCAGGUUUGACACGCUCUGUUGGUGACACGCUCUCGAUUGUAAUGAUUUCUUCGAGGGAUUUUUUCAAGUGACAUCUUGAAGUGACAUCUUCAAGCGACCUCUUCAAUGACUUAUUCAAGCGUCCAGUUCAAAACUGCUUCGAAAUACCGCUUCAAGUGACCUCUUCAAGUCCAAGUGACCUCUUCUGGGCCAGUUAGGCUGGCUGCUGGUUGCUUCCCGAGUCUGACAGGACAUCAGUCACGAUGGCUCGAGAUCGUCUUCUAGAGCUGCAGCAGCGGGCCGGAAAUGCUCCAACCAUCACCCCCGCGCCUCUCCCGGCGGCUCCGGCGGCUCCCGCACCUCCGGCAGCUCCUGCGAGCUCCUCUGACCCGGAGGCCGGCCAGCCGGUGGUGGUCGUCUCGCGUCCCUCCCGGCUGGCGCGCUUCCUCCGCCGUGCCCCGGCCGGGGCAGCUGCCGGGACAGCUGCGGGGACAGCUGCGGCAGCUGCCGGCCAGCAGGAGCAGCCGCUGGUGCAGCAGCUGCAGCAGGAGCUGGCCGAGCUGAGCGCCGCGCUGGCCGAGACGCGCGCCGCUGUGGACGAGGUCAGCAGGCAGCAGUGUCGUCAGCUGAACUCACCGAGACACCAGGAGCAGGCCUGGCAACAGACCCAGGACAGCGCCGCGGCCGCCCUCGCCAACAUCAGCCGGAUCAAGACCAAGCUGGACAGACUCCAGAAGAAGCUGACGGAGUCCCUGCCGGAGCUGACGGCGACCCAGGCCAAGAUGCUGCAGAACCAGGUGAACGGUUUUCGCACCCAGCUGCUCACUGUCGUCCAACGUUUCAACGAGGAGGAGAUGAACUUCAGGGCAAAGAAGAAGGAUCACCUGAAGCGGCAACUGCAGAUCACGGGCGCCGACAUGGACGACGACGAACUGGAGAACUUGAUAGACCGAGGCGACGCCCAGAUCUUCAACGAAAGCAUUCUGAUGCGCGUGGAGACAGCGCGUGCAGAACUGAACGAAGCCGAGGAGCGGUACGAGCAGAUCCGCGCACUGGAGAUGUCCAUACAGCAGCUGCACGAGAUGUUCCUCCAGCUGUCGCUACUGGUGCAGCAGCAGGGCGAGAUGGUCGACCGCAUCGAGGAAAAUACGUUCCAGACGGCUGCGAAAGCAGAAGGAGGUGCCAAGCAGCUUCACGGAGCGCUGAAAAAGCAGCAGCGAGGCCGGAAGAUGCGGAUCGUAUGCGGGAUUCUGGUGGCCGUCAUCAUCGUCAUAUUGGUCAUCAUCCUCCUCAGCUACCUCGGGUAGUGUGCCUGUCUGGAUCCAGACUCCAGUGUACUCUACCGUCCAUCCAGAACUACCAGUGCGGUGCUGUCCUGUAGAACGAAAUACUGAGCGUAUGAGUGCGAUCGUGUGACGAAAUGUGAUAGCCCUCGGCCAGCCUGAUGCGUGUUUAGGACUGGUGCGUGUCAUGAUGCCGUUUUGGAAUGUGCUGCGUCUUCGCUGACUUGGACAGCAGUGGUGAUCAUGGGGACGAUAUGUGAUGAUACCCCGUAGGAAGAGUAGGACGAGACUCAGAUUCCGUGAUUGGGCCGCAAAGCGAAAACUUCAUUAUGAGACUGCCGUGGGAGCUCUUGCAACUCAUUGACUCACGUGCUUCUGAGGGAACUACCAGAAGACCCACAUCGUCCGAGUGUGUUACAACGACUCAUGAACUCACAGACUGCGAGUGAAGUGUUAGCUGUGCUAUCGUACCAACCAUGCCCUCAGUCACAGCAGGAUGGCGGCACAGUGCGCGGUGUGCAGCGCACACUCGUCAGUGACAACAGCGAGCCUAUCCAUUAUCUCACUGUCCCAUAAGCCGUAUGUGCACUAGUGGUGUCAAUUUCAGAAAACGUUUGUCCAAUGUCCGUCAAAUGUCCAAUACUUAUGUCGAUUGCCCGUCCAAAAAUGUUCAAGCCAGCCAUUUGUCCAAAGAUGUCCGACACCUUCGCAAUAGUUAACACUCAACGUUGUUAUUUAAUUUGCUUUUAAUGUACCAUCACCAGCUCAAAAGCGUUAAUCAUAUCGAAAGCUGAGCAUCCUAAUAGCCAAUCAAUGUUAAACACGAUUACUUUAUAAAAAUGUUGAGGUGUAGCAAGCGAUUGUCCAAAGUUAUCCAAAGCCUGCUGUCAUUGUCCAACCGAAUUCCGAAUUGGACAUUGGACAAAAUCGGAAUUCCGAAGAUUCAAGUUCCGAUUGACACCACUAAUGUGCACAUAAACGUCAUACGGCAAUUGGAGCAAGCCAACAGUGGAUGCGAGAUGUUUACAUGCAAUAGCAUAAAAUGGUAUUUUGGUGAGGGUUUUGGUGCUUACGCCAGUGUCCUUAACUCCUUAGUGUAUUUAUAGGUGUCAUUUAUAUCAGCGCAAUAAAGCUUGGGUAAUCUUUGGUCACCGUUAUGGGCGUAAGUGCGUAUCGCACCAUCCAUGCGCCCUUUGCUGUUAGGUUUCGCAGGUGGAGCUAGUAGUCACACAUGACAAUCUAACAGAUGUCGCAGCGUAACUCGUGAGUCCGAUUCCAUAUCGGUCGCGUCUUUUGUUAUCCAUCUGCUAUCCUCUCUGAGGAUGUGCAGUGAGUCCAGAGGUGAAAUAUAAAACGAUGAUUCGACCGGUAA